GAACACGUACGUUUGCCUUUUAUCUUCAGUUCAAACAACUUUCUCCGAGCCUGUAACAGUUACUCGAGUAGACUAGACCAGACUGCAUUUGACACCACCCGACCAAUCAUGACACCCAUCCUCCUGUUCUUCGUUGCCGUGGCAACGGCUGCACCAAUGAGAAGGCAGACCAGGAUACUGGAUGCUAAUGGCGACGGACUGAUCUCCAAACCGGAAGUGACGAGUGUCAUGACACUGCAUGAUGCUCUUGUAGCCUUGGACAUAGACGGCGACCAUUUCCUGUACCUGCCGCAGAUCGUCGAACUCUUCGGGGACGGGUCGAUCUUCUACCUGCUGAACAGCAACGGCGACGACCAUCUCAGCUUCGGCGAGGUGCAACAUGGGCUCACGCUCAGCGAGUUUUUCGACCUCUUCGACAAGAACGGUGACGGAGUCCUGGACACCAGUGAAUCGUACCAGAUGAACUACAUCUACAACACCAUCCAGAACCCCGACGCUGCCAUCACCAACGCUCUCGACGCCAACGGAGACGGCAAGCUCUCCAAGCUCGAGGUUCUGGGCGCCAUGACGCUAGAAGAGUCCAUGAUCGCUAUGGACGCAGACGGGGACGGUUUCUUCACCGUACAGGAGCUGAUGCCCAUAUUUGGCGAUGUCACCCAGGCAACUUCUGACCAGCUGGACACCAACAUGGACGGCCUGCUGUCAUUCGACGAGGUCACAUUCGGCACCUCGCUGGACCGCAUCUUCGAUUUCUACGAUUUGGAUGGAGAUGGCUAUCUGACUGGUUCAGAAGCGGACGGGAUCUACUACGUGUACACCGCCAUUGUUAACAACCCCAUCCUGGUCCACGGAGGUCUGGACGCGGACGGAGACGGAAAACUGUCCCUGCCGGAGGUGGAACUCGCCAUGAACAUACACGACGCGCUACUCGCCUUGGAUCAAGACGGUGACAACCACUUGAACGAGCAGGAGUUCGUCCACUACGUGGGAGACCAGCUUCUCUUCCACACACUGGACCAUAACGGUGACCAGACGCUUAGCUUUGGGGAGAUGCACAACCUCGGGUUGGACACUCUCUUCAACCAGUACGACAAAAACGGUGACGGUUUCCUUGAGGGCCUGGAAGCGGAAACGAUGCUGCACGUGUAUGACCUGGUUCAGGCCAUGAACGCUGCCUAAGGACAGCCUGAUGCUGACAUUGUAUCCUGUGGUGACCAGGGGUUUAUUUUCUAACUCCAGAUUCGUCAUCAACAAACAAUUGACAACUUCAGACAGAUUAUCACGGCACA